CCAGUAGAUUUGUCAGUUGGAUUGUGUCGAUUUGUGGUUAGGACGUGUCUAUGGCUGCUCUAAACAUGUUGCAGUUGUAACGGAUCCAAGGCCAACCGGCGCCCGCGAAUUCAAAACAAAAGAUUCUCACAGACAGUCAUACUCACAGCUCAGAAAGACUCCUUUAUAUUUCCUGAACGCUAUGUUUGGCAGGUGAAAACUACCAUGGGGGACAACAUCCAUCAGAGGCCUCACUCGACCCCCAAGGUCGCCAGGGGUCAAAGUUCAGCUGGUCGGGGAGAUCACCGGGUCAGGAGUGUAUCCCCAUCCCUGUCUUUAGAUGAGACCGGUGAAUCAACGCGUUCCCUUCUCUCCAUCCUAUCCCACAGCAGCAUCAAGGACCUGCCAGAAGAUGAGUUGAGGAACCAGUCUGAGGAUGAUGAUGAUGACAGGGCAUCCAAUUCUUCUUCAUCUUCACCAACCAAGUCAAGCUCACAUUCAUCAAGUAGGCGAUCAAAGACAUCAACUUCAAGGUCACGUUCAAGGUCCUCGUCAACAUCUCGCUCAAAGUCCCAGACAGACACCUACAGCAAAUCAUCCAGCUACUCAUUGCCCAGGAGUAGUGACUCACGUCCAACAUCGACGUCGCAGUCGACAUCGGGCAGAGGACCGCAGUUGAGCCCCUGGGAGAAUUGGCUGAUCGAGAAAACCAAGGAGGAAAGGAAAAGACUUAAAGAAAAGGCCAAGCUAGAGAGGGAGAAGCAGCUAAAACUGGCUGAAGAGAAAAAGAUGAAGGUGGAGAAAGCAAAGGUCAUCAAGGUCAAGGUCAAUAUGUGGAUCGAGGAGCGAACGGCGAAAGAACAGGAAUCCAAAAGAGCAAACCAAAGGCUGGAAAAGACAAAGAGACAACUCGAGGCAGAAGAGAAAAGAAGAGUACAAGAAAAAGCAAAGGAGAACUAUGCAGCGUGGAGGAGCCAGAAGAAAGCACAAAAGGAGAUGAGGGUGACGAAGGAGAAGGAAGAACAACAAGUGAAGGAAGAAGCGGAGAGGAAGAGGAAAGAAGAGGCUGAGGAUGCCUACUUGAAGUGGAAAGAGGAAGCCAAGACGAGACCGCUCCCCCUAGCUAGCCCCUUUGCUUACCCACAAGGCUGCAUCAAAGGUUACCAAGACAAGACAAGCUAUGCCGUUCCCGGCUACUGUAACCCUAUACCCUGGAUGCCGAUCCACACCCCCAAAGAGGACACCAUGCCCUUGGGGAGGGGCCAGAGAGGGAGGGGAAGGAGGACCAACACUUCCUCAUCGAGGAGACAGAUACAACAACCGCUCUCACCCCCUCUGCUCUUUAGGGAUCGGUCCGCACGGGAGAAGCUUGGGAAGCGCAGGUGACAUGAGGGGUGAUUGACAGUCAUUGCAGUUUCUUCUAUUUUUGUUGAAAGACUAUUUAUUCCUUGAUAAGUAAGAUUUGUAUUUCUGUACAUUCCAUAAAGAUGAUCCAUUCAUUUGCAUGCAUGAGACUGAAAGGAGGUGUAAAGGAGGCUAUGCCCUCAAGAAGGCAGAGAGAAUAACCGUUAUCACCCCCUCUGUUCUUUAGAGAUCGGUCUAUGUGAGAGAAGCUUGGAAAACGGGAUGGACUGAGGGGUGAAAGACAAUCACCGCAAUCUCUUUUAUUUUGGAUGAAAGGCAUUUAUUCUUCCAAAUGCAUCUACUGUAGUAAGAUCUGAAUCUGAGGAUCCACUCUUUCAUACAUUCUGUAAAAGAUAGAUCCCAUUCAUCUACAUGCAUGACACUGAAAGGAGGUGGAAAGGAGGCUAUGCCCUCAAGAAGGCAGAUAGAAUAACCGUUAUCACAGAGAUCGGUCCAUGUGAGAGAAGCUUGGAAAAUGGGAUGGAUUGAGGGGUGAAAGACAAUCAUCGCAAUCUCUGUCACUUUUUAUGAAAGACUUUUAUUCAUCCAAAUGCAUGUACUGAAGUAAGAUCUAAUGAUCCGCUCUUUGGUACAUUCUGUAAAAGAUAGAUCCCAUUCAUCUACAUGCAUGACACUGAAAGGAGGUGCAAAGGAGGCUAUGCCCUCAAGAAGGCAAAUAGAAUAACCGUUGUCACCCCCUCUGUCCUUUAGAGAUCGGUCCAUGUGAGAGAAGCUUAGAAAAUGGGAUGGACUGAGGGGUGAAAGACAAUCACCGCAAUCUCUUUUAUUUUGGAUGAAAGGCAUUUAUUCAUCCAAAUGCAUCUACUGUAGUAAGAUCUGAAUCUGAGGAUCCACUCUUUCAUACAUUCUGUAAAAGAUAGAUCCCAUUCAUCUACAUGCAUGACACUGAAAGGAGGUGGAAAGGAGGCUAUGCCCUCAAGAAGGCAGAUAGAAUAACGUUAUCACCCCCUCUGUCCUUUAGAGAUUGGUCCAUGUGAGAGAAGCUAAGAAAACGGGAUGGACUGAGGGGUGAAAGACAAUCAUCGCGAUCUCUUUUACUUUUGAUGAAAGACUUUUAUUCAUCCAAGUGCAUGUCCUGGGGCCCGUUGCAGAAAGAGUUGUAAUAAAUCGCAACUAUAAAAAUCAUGCGCAACUUGAUUUUCAACCAAUCAGCAGCGCGCAUAUGGGACUUGCGAUUGAUUUUUUUGACUUGCGUUUAAACGCAACUCUUUCUGCAACAGACCCCUGAAGUAAGAUCUAAUGAUCCACUCUUUGGUACAUUCUGUAAAAGAUAGAUCCCAUUCAGCUGUAUGCAUGAGACUGAAAGGGGAUGUAAAAAAGGAUAUGCCCUCAAGAAGGCAGAUACAAUGAUUGUUGUCACCCCCUCUGCUCUGUAGAUAUCGGUCCAUGCGGGGUAAGCUUGGAAAACAGAGAUGACAUGAGGGGGGGGGGGAUAGACAGUCAUCGCAAUCUCCGCUAUUAUUUAUGAAAGUAUUUAUUUUUUAUUGAAAAAGUAAGAUCUGUUUUUCUGUACAUAACAUAAAUAGUCUGAUCUAUUCUUCUGCAUGUUGGAGACUGAAAGGGGAUGUAAGAUAGGCUCUGCCCGUAAGAAUGCAGAUACGAUAAUUGUUGUCACCCCCUCUGCUCUUCAAAGAUCGAUCCUCGCUAGAGGAGCUUGGAAAACGCAGGUGACAUUAGGGGGGAUAGACAGUUGUCGCAAUCUCUUUUAUUUUCAAUGAAAGACUUUAAUUCAUCCAAAUGCAUGUACUGAAGUAAGAUCUGAUGAUCCACUCUUUGGUACAUUCUGUAAAAGAUAGAUCCCAUUCAUCUACAUGCAUGACACUGAAAGGGGGUGUAAAGGAGGCUAUGCCCUUAAGAAGGCAGAUACGAUAAUUGUUGUCAUCCCCUCUGCUCUGUAGAGAUCGGUCCACGCGGGUUAAGCUUGGAAAACUCAGGUGACAUGAGGGGGGAUAGGCAGUCAUCACAAUCUCCGCUAUUAUUGAUGAAAGUAUUCCUAUUUACCAUUAAGGUCUAUUCUUCUGCACAUUCCAUGAAAGAUGAUCAGUGGUCCGUUGCAGAAAGAGUUGCGUUAAAAUCAAUCGCAAGUCCCAAAUGCCCGCUGUUGAUUGGUUGAAAAUCAAGUUGCGCUUGAUUUUUGUCUCGCCUGCAUAGCAGAGCGAGACUAUAGGCGCCGCUUUUUCGACGGCGGCGGCGGCGUCAACAUCAAAUCUUAACCUAAGGUUAAGUUUUUGAAAUUACAUCAUAACUUAGAAAGUAUAUGGACCUAGUUCAUGAAACUUGAACAUAAGGUUAAUCAAGUAUUACUUAAUAUCCUGCCUCAGUUUCAGGUCACAUGACCAAGGUCAAAGGUCAUUUAGGGUCAAUGAACUUAGACCAUGUUAGGAGAAUUAUUUUCAAAAUCUUAACCGAAGGUUAAGUUUUUGAAAUGACAUCAUAACUUAGAAAGGAUAUGGACCUAGUUAAUGAAACUUUGGCAUAAGGUUAAUCAAGUAUUAGUGAACAUCCUGCUCGAGUUUCAGGUCACGUGACCAAGGUCAAAGGUCAUUUAGGGUCAAUGAAAUUUGGUCAAGUUGGGGGUAUUUGUUGAAUUACUAUCAUAACUUUGAAAAUUUAUGGAUCUAGUUCAUGAAACUUAGACAUAAGGUUAAUCAAGUAUUAGUGAACAUCCUGCCUGAGUUUCAGGUCACAUGACCAAGGUCAAAGGUCAUUUAGGGUCAACGAACUUUGGCCAAGUUGGGGGUAUUUGUUGAAUUACCAUCAUAACUUUGAAAAUUUACGGAUCGAGUUCAUGAAACUUGGACAUUAGGUUAAUCAAGUACCACUGAAUAUCCUGUGAGAGUUUCAGGUCACAUGACCAUGCUCAAUGGUCAUUUAAGGUCAAUGAACUUUGGCCGUGUUGGGGGUAUUUGUUAAAUUACCAUCCUAACUCUGAAAGUUUAUGGAUCUAGUUCAUAAAACUUGGGAUAUAAGAGUAAUAAAGUAUCACUGAACAUCCCCUGUGAGUUUCAGGUCACAAAACCAAGGUCAAAGGUCAGUUAAGGUCAAUAAACUUAGGCCAUGUUGGGGUAAUUGUUGAAUUGCCAUCAUAACUUUGAAAGUUUAUGGAGUGAAUGAAAUGUGGACAUGGGUGUAGUUGUCAAGUCUUAAGUCACCGUUCAAAUGUCAUUUAUGGUCAAUGAACGUGGUAUUAUGUCAUUAUAUGAAUGGUGUUUUUGUGAAUGAUUAUUUUAUAGUAGUUUUCAAAGUUAGCACUGCUGCUAUAUUAAAUCGCGUAAUGCAGGUUCCACUUGUUUGAGUUGCAAUUGAUAUUGAUUGCAACUCUUUCUGCAACGGGCCCAUGAUCCUUUGCAUGCGGGAGACUGAAAGAGGUUGUAAAAAAUGCUAUGCCCUCAAGUAGGCAAAUACAAUAAUUGUUGUCACCCCCUCUGCUCUUCAGAGAUUGAUCCACGUGGGAGAAGCUUGGAAAACAGAGAUGACAAGAGGGGGGAUAGACAGUCAUCACAAUCUCCACUAUUACUUAUGAAAAUAUUUUUUUUAAUUGAAAUAGUAAAAUCUGUUUUUCUGUACAUUACAUAAAGAUUUAUCCAUUCUUCUGCAUGCAGGAGACUGAAAGGGGAGGUAAAAAAGGCUAAGUCUUCAAGAAUGCAGAUACAUUAACAGUUAUCACCCCCUCUGCUCUUUAGAGAUCAGUCCAUGCAAGACAAGCUUGAGAAACGCAGUUGACAUGAGGGGGUAUAGACUGUCGUCUUAAUCUCUUCUAUUUUUUUAUAUUAAAAACAUAUUUAUUGAAAUAUUAAGGUAUAUUCUGUGAGUUUAAUCUAUUGUUUUGCAUGUCUGGCACAACAAUGUGAUUUCAAUACAGAAAGCUAUGCCCCCAGCAAGAGAUCGAUCUACGAGACAGAAGCUUGAAAGACUGUAGUCUUCAUUCAAAUACUGUAGUUAAAUCUGAUUAUCUAAUCUUCUGUACAUUCCAUGAAAUUUAUUUUCUGCAUAUUUGUGACUCAAAUAGGUGAAAGAUGUGUCCCUUAUGACAUCAGAUACUGGCAUUAAUCUACUUUUAACACUGCUGUUGGAAAUACUGCCUUUUGAGUAGGGGCUUGAAGAAUGUCAUCAUCAAACUGUCCUCAGAAAUUACAGAUUACCGAAAGAGCAAAGGUAUUGAGCAAGAAACUGAGCAUCUCAACAAUAUUUUUCUAAUAUUUAGAUGAACGGUCUGAAUUCUAACUGUCUGAAUGGCCCUGUUAUCCAUUGUUCAGUCAAGUUUAAACAUUUAGUGUAUGACCAAGCCUCAAGGGGCAAGUUGGACAGUGUGUUCUGAAGUGCAUCCUAAUUGAAUAAUUGGUUGCGCAUAGGAUUAUAUUCACAUGAAAUACAGGCGGUUGGCAGGGUUAGGCUCAAUUACUUUCUUCAAUUACAAUUACUCUCCCUUUCAAAAUGUCAGUUACAGUAUAAAUACAAAUACUCCAAAAAAUGUAAUUAAAAAUUACGUAAUUGAUCAAUUACCUUGUAAUUGAGCCCAACCCGGGCCGUUUGUCUACUUUUCUUACGGUCUCACCAUUUAUUCUAUUUUUCAUUUCGUCUUAUGCCCAUUUGGUCUUAUUACAGUUAUUCUACUCAUCAUUUUUUACCUUGUCAAAUAUGAAACUUGGUUCAUGACAUUAGGGCAUUUUAGCAACCACCUCACAGAUGCCUUCUACACAUGCGGAGAAUGUUUCUUUAAGAACCCUUCAUAACAAAGCAUCCUCUGUCGAAAAUCUGCGAAUCAAACCAGCAGUGUCGUCCUGGACUCAAGACAAAUUGCGUAUUUGCAAUUUUUUGUCCAGUUUGAAUUUUAAGACGACGCGCUCUCCCGGUCCACCAACUUUUGGCAAUGACCUCUAAUCUGUCCAUUGUGAUUCGACAGGCUUUUUCAAUAGAUUCUCGAUGUUCCAAAAAGUGUCUGCAAAGUGGAUGCUAAAAUACAUUACUGUCUUAUAAAACAAAUCAUACACUCAUCCCGGGGGGGCCACUUACAUUG